ACCAAAGGCAUUUUUUGUGAUGUUUUGAUUAUUUUCAGAAACGUACCUAAAUAAAGUCGGUGUCUUAGUUUAUCUGAAAUGAUGUUCUAUGUUUCAUAAGAUUUUUAGGAAAAACAAGCAAUGGAGGUAACAGAACCCAUCGAACGGUGUAUUGCCUGUUUCAAUGAUGAUUAUGUUCCUCAAGUUUACACAGUGCAAAACGAUAGUUUAAAAACGAUUUUUCAGACUAACAACCUGAGCCUAUGUUAUAUUUGUAAGAGAAAAGCACAGAAUACUGAACAUUUUAUCAAUAGUGUGCAAGGGAACCAGUUGUUACUGCAAAGUUUACACAGUAUUACAGAUGGAGAUAUAAAGGCUGUUAAACUCGAGACUCAACCACUAUUAGAUCUACAAAACGCAAGCACACAUACAAUUGACGUUUUCGAACAUGUACAAGAAGAACCGUUUCCUAUAUUAGUGUUUAAUAGAUGUAAAGUCCAAUUGAAGGUGGAAAAGGAAGAAAAUGAGAAUAAUGAGGAUUUCACGGACAAUGAUUUAGAUUAUGAUGAGCCAUUGUUAAUAAAAGGAGAAAAUAAUAGUACAGAGGAAGUUAAGUUUGAAGAUAAUUUAAUAGAUAGCAUUGAUAAGAAAUCUGUAAAGAAAUUAAUAAAGACAGCUACAAAACUCAAGAAAAAGCCGAAAAUUAAUAGGAAAGAAUGCAUUUCACCAUGUGACGUAGAAGAUGCACAAAAAGUAGACAUAGUAUACAUAACAAAGGCGCAAUUUAUGAAAGAAAGAGAAUUAUUAGCAAAGAAGAAGCUGUACUUAAAUUCAAUUUAUAAGUGUGAGGAUUGCGUUAAAGGUUUUGCGUUUAAAGAUAUUUAUGAGAAACAUAUGAAGAAACACAGUGAGACGAAUGGUGAAUAUGAAUGUGGUAUGUGUAAACAAAGGUGCAUUUCGGUCGAGAAAUUAAGGAGCCAUGAGAAAUAUCAUAAAAUUCGAUACAAAUGCAGUGUUUGUGGCAUUAUGCGGGUUUGUAGAGAAACUAUCAAAUGUCACUAUAAUACGGCGCAUUCGAAUGAAAAAGAAAUGUUCUCUUGCUCACUCUGUAAACGGAUAUUUCAACGAAAAGUAUCGUUAAGGAAACACAUGUAUUAUUCACACAAACUGCGGCGCGUCACUUGCGACUAUUGCAAUAAAAACUACGUAAAUGCUGAUUCAUUAAGAGUGCAUUUACUGAAGAAACACGCGAAGCAAGCGUCCAACGGUGUGCCUCAAACGAAGGGGCACAUUUGUCCCCAGUGCGGUAAGGGAUUCUAUGCAGCUGCGUCCUUGAGGAUUCAUAUAGAAACACAUUCAAAUACUAAGAAUUAUUAUUGCGUCGAGUGUAAUAAAAAUUUCAAAACAGAAAUGUCGUUAAAACAACACUUAAAUAAAACAUCGCCACACGUUCAGUAUGUUGAGUUACCAUUGCAAUGUGAACACUGUGACAAGAGAUUUGGAAUAAAGCGGGAUUUAGAGAGACACAUGAACAGAAUUCAUCUCAACAUUAAGCCGUUUCAGUGUGAUAAAUGUGAUAAGGCAUAUGUAAACCAAUGGUCGCUAACAGAGCACAAGCGGUACACGCACGAAGGUGUGACCAGACCGCGCAUGUUUCCCUGUUCCAUGUGCGAUAAGGUGUUUAUGAGAAAUUGCACCCGCAAAGCACACAUGCGCACGCACACAGGCGAGCGACCGUUCAAAUGCACAAAAUGUUUAGCACAAUUCAGCCAAUCAGGUGUUCUCAAUACACACAUGAAGUUAGUGCAUUUAAAACUCACGAGGGACGGACGACCAAAGAACGCAACUGCUGCUUUAAGAUAAUGUAAAUUAAACCUUAAUACAAGGGCAUAAAAUCGAGAAUCCUUCAAAGAACAGGUUCUUUAGGAAAUCUUCAAUUGAAGAAUGGAAGAAGCGAUUGACCAAUAGUAGCGAAGCAAUUUCGCUUGCAAAGUGGAACAUCGAAUUUUCAUUUUGAAAUGUACUAUGGUCUUAAUAAAUAAAAUAUGGCAUCUAUAAAAGUCAUAGUGGCAUCGCCUGAAAAAAAAAGGUCGCUUAAUUAUACAGGACAUACUGAAAAAGCUAUGUUGCCAUCGUAAAGUCUACAUAGACCAGAGUGACUUAAAACUAAAAAAACGACGU